AGAUGACGUCGCCGGCGGGCCCUGUUUACGCCGGCCUCAGUCAGUACUAUGCGCUGGCAGCGAGUCCGCCGCUGGGGGAGACGGCCAUGCUGUCGGCGCUGCCACUGCCGCAGAUGCAGCAAAAGCUGUCCAACGACCGUCUGGAGGGCGAGCCUGUAUACGAUACUUCGGUGUACUACGCUCCCUUUCCGGCAAUGGGAAUGCCGUACAAGCGGUCGGCCGGCGAGAAGGGCUCUGUGUCCUACUACACGGCGCCCGGCCUGACCGCCUACCAGCAGGCGGUGCUGGCGCAGCAGCAGCAGCAGCAGCACGGCUACCUGCAGCAGGCUGCUUUCGGCGGCCCGCCGCCGAGCGUACCCCGGUACCCGACCUACUGAGGCCAGUCGACUGGUCCGCCGUCCAGCCGGCCCGACAGGGGCACGGAGGACGCGUAAGGCUCAGCCCGGAGUUCAGAACAGAAUGGUUUGGCCAGAGGUGGGCGAGAG